GUGUGACCUCAUUUACAUAAUCAAACUCAUCUCAGUCAUAUAUUUUUAAUUCCUGGUUUGUGCCCAAUUGCAAAAUACACCUACUCACACUACACAGAUCAGGGUUUCUGAAAUGUAUGGGGAAAAAUAACACAGCAGAGGGUAUAGGAAAAUAUUUAUUUCCAAACUUUUAUCACCAAUUAUAAAAUGCAUAACCCAAGUAAAUUAUUAUGAUUAUUACACCUGAGCUGAUAUAUUUGUUCAUAAAAUCGGGUUAAACUGGAAAAACAGUGAGUGAAAGCUCAGCACAGUAUGCAGAUUAAUACAUACUACACACUAAUCCUAAAAAAAGCAGCAGGACGAAUUCUGUACUGUAUAGGGUUAUAUUAUAUGCUAAGUUUCAGCCAAAUGGAUGGUGCUUCACAGUGGACAAUGACCAAACGAAGCAUACUUCAAAAGCAACCCAAGAUUUUUUAAUGCAAACAGGUGGAAUGUUCUGCAAUGGCCAAGUCAGUCACCUGACCUGAAUCCAAUUGAGCAUGCAUUUCACUUGGUGGUGUCUGUGGGUUCCAGACUUCAGGCAGUCAUUGACUACAAAGGAUUAGCAACCAAGUAUUAAAAAUGACUAUUUCAUUUAUGAUUGUUAGUUUGUCUAAUUACUUUUGGUCCCUUAAAAAGGUGAGGGGGAGGUCACAUGCACUAUAUGGCCAAAAGUAGGUGGACACCUGACCAUCACGCCCAUAUGUAGGUCUUCCCCAAACUGUUGCUGCAAAGUUGAAAGCACACAAUUGUAUAGGAUGUCUUUGUAUGCUGUAGCAUUACAGUUUCCCUUCAUUGGAACUAAGAGGCCCAAACAUGUUCCAGCAAGACAAUGCCCCUGUGCACAAAGCAAGGUCCAUAAAGAUAUGUUUUGCCAAGGUUGGAAUGGAAGAAGUAGAGUGGCAUCCCAAACACCUUUGGAAUGAAUUGGAACACCGCUUUCUCACCCAACAUCAGUACCUGACCCCACUAAUGCUUUUGUGGCUGAAUGGGCAAAUCCCCACAGCCAUGCUACAAAAUCUGGUGGAAAGCCUUCCCAGAAGGAUGGAGGUUAUUAUAACAGCAAAGGGAAACUAGAUCUGGAAUGGGAUUUUCAGAAAGCACAUAUGGGUGUGAUGGUCAUGUGUCCAACUUUUGGCCAUAUAGUGUAUAAAAAGCACUGCAAUUCAUAUACCAUUCACCCAAUUUGGAUGUAAAUACCCUUAAUUUAAAGCUGAAAGACCUCGAGUUCAUAUCCAUUAUGUAAUUUCAGCUCCAAUAUACUGUGGUAGUAGACAGCUAAAAUAACAAGAACUUUGUCAAUGUCCAAAUAAUUAUGGACCUGACUAUAGUUUACUUCUCAAUAUUUCUCAUUAGCAGUGUGCAGAACGAACACUUUUUCAGUAUACUGCACUCUAUAACUGAGUAACACCUGCCAUUGCUCACCAUUAUAUGGAGACAUAUCAGAAAAUUGUACAUAUUAUUAUUACUGAAACAUUUGAAUAAUAUGAAAUGUAGACCUGUUAAAUGUGUGAAAUUUUGGCUGAUGAUCAUUGUCGGUUGUAAUUAACCAUUUUAAUCAACCUUCUUGUGCCUGUAUAAAAUAAGCCAAUUAGCAGUGAUUAAUGCACAAUAACUUUAUAAAGAACAACUAUUUAUCGACACUGAGCAUUUAAGAAGACUCGACUUCUGUCUUCCAUUUUAGCCUGUGAAAAUAUGCACAAGAUUCCCUGAAAUACACAAACAGGUUACUGAUAAGCAAUUAAGUAAAUAAAAAAAUUAAGUAAUUUUAAGUGAAUAAAAUUUAAUUUUAAGUAAAUAAAAUUACUGUGGUAAAGCAUGCUACGUCCACAUUACAAAUAGUUUGAAAUAGCCCUUGACCAAAAACAAUAAUGCAGACUUUGGUGGUGCAAAAUUUGAUUAUAUCAAAACAAUCCUCUAUCAGUCCUUUAAUCAUGAUCAGUCCUGAUACAACUGUGUGAUGACCAUGUAUGAUUUAUCUGUUCAGUUUGAUUUUGUUAUAUUCAUGAUAAUGAAAUGAGUAUAUUCAUGUUAAUGAAAUAGUCGCAAGUAGUGACUAUUUUUAUUGCAUGAUAUCUCAGAGUUCAUGAAACCUGCGUAACAUUGCAAACAUAAAACCACGUGCUACUGUUUGCAAUGUUACGCAUUUCUGUAGCUUGCACCUAAUCCAGGCUUUCAGACUCACAUGCUUAUACUAAAAAGUUGAGCUCUGCCUCUGGGUAAAUACUUUUGAAUAUAAAUUUUAAUAUUACAUCAUAGCAUGCUCAAUGAAAGCAUUACUUGAAUUACUCGGUUAAUAUACACGUGCUUUUAAGUGUACCUUGUUCACGUUAAAAGGUUGACACUGACUUGAAAGAUUAUGAAGCUAAGGAUAAUCACAUUGUGUCAAAGAGGGACAGCCAUAAUCUUAUUUAGCAGUUACAUAACAUCAGAUCUUUACACUGAACACAAAUCAGAGAUCAACCUCAUUACAACUUUUAAACUGAAGUUUCAAACUGAUUUUAUUAUUAUUAAAGUGUCUUUUUCUCAGGAUGCCAAAUGCAACAUAAAUCAGAUAUAUAAAAACCUCCCACUGAUGCUUGAGCUUGUGUCCAUCAAUUCGUCAGUCCGUCACCUCACUUGUUCUGGAAAUUGGGGGAUUAAAGAAGACCUAAAUAUAGCAUACGGUUAAGAUGCUUCUCAGGAGUGUAAUCCCUCCUUCAUUGUGAGCCAGACAGGUGAGGUUGGGGACAAUAAAUUAGCACUGUAGGAGGUCUAGAAUCUCCCCAAGAGAGCUGACAUUAUUCAUCUGAAUUGUUAACAACAUGUUAACAUGGAGAACAGCUGAGCACCCACUGGAUCUCCAUUGAAACAUUGUCAGAAUUUCUUGAUUCUACCAUAACAUUUCACAUUGCAGAAAAUACAUACGAGUAUGUGGAAAUCCAUGCUGGAAACAGGUGCCUUCAUCUCAUUCGAGAAGCAGAAUGCAAGGCCUUAAAGAGGAAAGGACAAUGCCUGCGAGCAUGACUCUGGUGUCUGCACCUGUGCCGUGUCACAGCCUGUACAGCCUGUCAGACAGCUCGGACUGUGAUCCAGAUAAUAAGGAAGAAGAGGAUUCACCCAGGCGCCUCACACCUCUGCAGAAGCUAACACUGGAUAUGUGUCAUGAUGAAAAAACCAUCAAAGAGCUGAUUGUGGGAAGAAGGGUGGGAUUCUACAAAGUCUGUGGUGAGAUUGGGUGUGGAAACUUCUCCAAAGUCAAACUGGCCUUCCACGCCCUUACCAAGGACAAAGUGGCUAUCAAAGUCCUGGAUAAGAUGCGACUGGACCUACAGAGCCAGAGGAUGCUAUCCAGAGAGAUCUCCGUAAUGGAGAGCUUGUAUCAUCCAAACAUGCUUCGGCUCUAUGAGGUGUUGGAGUUACCGUGUCGAUUAUGCCUGGUGCUGGAGUACGCUGGAGGAGGAGACCUGCACGCCAGGAUCAGCUCUCAGGGAAAAUUCUCCGAUCUAGAAAGCAAACUUGUGUUUGCCCAAAUCCUAUCUGCAGUAAAGCACAUGCAUGACAAUAACAUGAUCCAUCGAGAUCUAAAGGCAGAAAACAUCCUCUUCACCAGCAACUCCUGCGUAAAGGUAGCUGACUUUGGCUUCAGCACAAAGAUCAGCAACCGCAACCAAAUGUUGGACACCUUCUGUGGCUCCCCUCCAUACGCAGCACCAGAGCUCUUCAAAGACGAGGCCUACAUGGGGCCACCUGUAGACGUGUGGGCUAUGGGGGUUCUUCUUUUCUUCAUGGUGACUGGCACCAUGCCUUUUCGUGCUGACACUGUUCCUAAACUGCGCUGCUGUGUAUUACGGGGAGUUUAUGUUCUUCCCACAUGGGUGUCCGCUCCAUGUCAGCGCCUGAUCCGGGGGAUCCUCAAGCCAGAGCCUACAGAGCGCUGUGCCCUGGAUCAGAUGCUGGGCUGCGAGUGGCUUCUCCCAGUGGAGAUUCUACGUCCCAUUCCUCAAAUGUACCAGCUUAACCCUGUCCACUUGCUGAAGGUAUGGCCAGGAUGGGCAGAGCAGGAAGAGGUGCAUGCUACCCUACAGGAACUUGGAGUCACAGAGGAACACAUUCUCAACAACCAGGGCAAGAACAGUCGAAGCCCAAUAACAGGUAUCUAUCGCAUUGUUCUCCAUCGGAUCCAAAGGAACAGGAGAACUGAUUGUCUGCCUUUAAUCACAGGUGUAGUCAAAGACCCAAAGCGGGACAGUCUUCGUGCCUACAGGAAUUUACGACACACCUCGAAACUGUGCGUCCUCUCUUAAUGAGCUUAACUCUGAUGUAAUUGGGUUUUACUUGUUCUAAAUGGUUCAUUGUCUUACAUGGGGAAUUCUACUGUCAAUAGGCUAUGUGAAACCUGAACUGCACUUUAUUGCAACUAUAUUAGCCUUCCUAAAGGCUAAUAAAUCCUAAAUGUAUUUUAAGAAAUCAGAUGAAAAUCUUGCCUUUGUGCUUUAGGAAUAUAAAUAUAUAAUCAUCACUGAUCUAAGACACCAAAAGUCAUAGACCAAAAGCUGAGAUCUGUAGCGCGAUUAUGUCAUAUUAAUGUUUUCUACCUUUAUUAAACAAAAGACAUUGCAGUAUUUGCUUUAUGCACCAUCUCUGGAUAGAACAGAAUGCAAGAUAUAAGCACUGUAAAUACAGUACACUCUGACCAGUUUAUUACAUCAUUCUACUAUAUAGAUCUCUUAGUAGGUGUAAAAUUACUGACAGUAGCCCAUCUUUUAUAUGCACAAUGUAUGGGCCCCACCCUUACAUCAGAAAAUGACACUAAUUAAUGGUACAGAACAGGUAAUUCCUUUAAAGCUGGUUUUAGACUGUGAUUUCAGCAGGAUUUUAAGAUUAUUACUUGUCAGACUGUAUAUUCUCCAUGGCAGAUUAUACAAUGGAGAUAAUUUUUAACUAUAGACCUGUGAUUAAAGAAAAUUACUAUGUUCUGUUUACAACAUCAAUUAGUGUGAUUUGGGGUCAUGCAGAAAACAGUUCACAUAAACACAGACAUUUGUGAUCUUGAGGUAAUAAGAUUACUUUUCUGUCUAUUAGCAUGUUUUGUUUUCGUUUUGCCAUCACCACUGCCGUAUUUGUAGUUGUCCUGUCAGUUUGGUGUGAUCCUAUGCCAUCCUAUGAGAGUCUGGUGUGAUCCUAUGCCAUCCUAUGAGAGUCUGGUGUGAUCCUAUGCCAUCCUAUGUGAUCCUAGUGUUGCUGCUGUGCUGAGAAUAAACCACCAUCCAAAUAAUAUCUGCUCAGUGAUAGUCCCUUUCCACUGAUGGACAGCGUAUAGAGAGGAGCUGAGUGCAACAGAUGGACUACAGUCAGUAACUGUAUAACUACAUGUAGGUAAGAAAAGGGCCAGAGAGUGUGACACAAGGUGUAUCUGAGAAGACAGUGUGUAGGUCUGUAUAUUAUUUACAGCUUGCACAAAAUGUCAAACAGUAAAGUUUCUAUAAUGUCUUGCAGUACAAAAAAUAUCUGUCAGAGAACCCUAAAUGUUUAAAAACUAUUAAAAUGUGUGGAAGCAGUGAGUAUGUAGACUAUUGUUAUAUAAAUCUCAGAAAGUGGCUUACUCUUAGCACUCAGAUUACAGCAAUGCCUAUGGAGUUCAUGUGAUUAACAAAUUCAACACUAAAUAUUCAUCCAAUAUUGUCUUAAACAUUUUGUGUUUGUUCAAAAAAAAAAUAAUUUGUGUGUGCAUGGUCACACUACCGUUCAAUAGCCUAUGAGUUUCAUUUGAAAAGAGGGCGCAGUCACCCUUGCAAAUUCUUUUUAGUCGCCCUUGCACAUGCUACAGGCAGAUGCAGAUUGUACACAAUGCAGCAGCAAACUCUGAGCCAAUGCGAAAGUGAGUGAGCUCAGCGUUCAAACACCCAUCCUCCUCCCUCCUUCUUCUCUCCCCCCCAACGCCUGCUCUUCACCUCCCAUCUGCUCGCUGUGGCAGAUGGAGUUUGCGUGGCAGCUAGGACAUCUGCCGCCCCAAACAAUGGCUCCCUUGUGCAGGCCUUCAGUCUGAGCCAGAGGCGUGCUGCUAUUGUGUUUGACUCAUACACAUGCAGAUCAGCGGCCACGGGGCCACGAUGGGGCCAGGCAGCUGACAGCACACACACACACACACACCUCCCCAGAAUGCAAGCGUGUGCAAGUACCAAAACUUACAACAGUACGCAGGUUCUGGCACAGUGAAUGACUAGAGUGCAGAAAUAAACACAUUAGGCAUUAUUUAUUUCACCAGUUUAAUCA